AUGCAUCCGACUCAGUAUCGCAGACGUCUCUUCUUGGACGUAUGUCGUGUCUUUAUCGUGCCCGCUGUAUUGCUGUCCUUUGGCUUGCAAGUUUCUGGGAUUCGUCUUGGCUUGCUUAACUUGCCUUGUCACAUUUUUUUCGUCUUUAUCUGGGCUUACAUCAGGUGCCUGUACUCAGACUGGCUGCAAUCUCGAGAUGCAAGACGUCUUGGCGCCAAACCCAUCCCGCGCGUAGUCGGGAAGUUGCCAGGAAACAUCGACGUGCUGUACAAAAUGAUGAAGGCCUUCAAGACGGCUUACAUUUUGGACGUAUACCUAGCACUGUUUGAAGAAUACCAAUGCACCACUUUGAAUACCCGUAUACUCUGGGUCGACCAGAUCAUCACUAUGGACGAGGAACAUUCCAAGUUCGUCAUAGCAACUGGCUUCCACCACUUCUGGCGUGGCAAGCUCCAGAAAGAACGAAUGGAAACAUUCUUGGGCAAUGGUAUCUUCAACCGCGAUGACGAGCAUCGCAGCAUGGCUCGCCCAUUCUUCGCUCGGGAACGUAUUUCCGAUUUCGAACUCUAUGAGAAACAUGCACAACGACUUCUUUCCGUGGUGACAUCCUCUGCGUCAGCUAAUGUCGCGUGCGACGUGCAGGAUCUAUACUCAAGGUUCACGAUGGAUUCGGCUUCCGAAUUCCUCUUUGGGGAGAACUUCGAUACCCUGUCAGGUUCUCGCCCGGAGCCGGGCAAGGCGACGCUGGGCGCUAAAGGCUCGGCGGUAGACGACGACUUUGGCACCUUCGCCCAGGCCUUCGAAGAGUGCCAACAAAUCAUCACCACUCGCGCCCGAUUAGGAUACACCUGGCCUCUGCAUGAAUUCUGGGAGGAUAAGACUCUCCGGUCAGUCCAAACUAUCCGGCGGUGGCUGGAUCCGAUUGUCAAGCGCGUUCUGGAUGAUAAGGCUCGGAUGCGGAAAGCAGGCAUCCAGAGCCCGGUCGGAGAAAAGAACUUUCUGCAGCAUCUGGCUGAUAGCACAGAUGAUCCUACUCUGAUCCGGGACCAACUACUUAGUAUGCUCUUGGCAGCGCGAGAUACGACGGCAUGCCUGCUUACUUUCGUGACGUACUUCCUGGCCAUGCAUCCGGAGGUUACUCGGCGGCUUCGCGCCGAAGUCUUACAACACUGCGGGCCGACGGGCACUCCGACAUACGAGAAUAUCAGGGAUCUGAGAUACAUGCGUGCUGUCAUCCACGAGACUCUGCGGCUCUUCCCGCCGGUACCACUCAACAUUCGAGAAAGCAGAGCGACAGCUUGUGCGCUUCCCCCUUCUGAUGGCACAUAUUCUGGCACUUUGCUGCCGACCCAGCCCCUGUAUAUGCCCGCGAAGACGAACAUUGUUUAUCUCCCCUUGCUGACGCAGCGAAACCCCGCAUUGUGGGGGCCGGAGGCAGACAGUUUUGACCCGGAUCGUUGGCUCCAGCCCGAUCGGUUAAGCAGGUAUACCGCGAACCCAAUGAUGUACACGCCAUUUAGCGCUGGUCCGAGAGUGUGUAUUGGCCAGAACUACGCGCUUAACGAGGCCUCAUAUCUGCUCGUGCGACUAUUGCAGCAAGUAGAACACUUCUCUAUGGCCUCGGACUGCCAGCCAGAAGGGUCCUUACCACCGCCGGAAUGGAAGUCUCGCAAAGGCCGCCAGACAUACGAAAGAGUAUGGCCGGCAGCUGCUUUGACCCUCUAUGCCAAGGGCGGUCUGUGGGUCCGCUUCGGACAAUCAACUCAUCCGUGA